ACCGGCUGCUUGUCAGAACAUACACAGAGUGUGAGAGGGAGUGUGUGCAGCAGAGAGGGAGAGCAACAAAUAGACACACACCCAGACUGAGUUACUAUCUGACAGAGGGGACAGCACGCUCUCGUUUCUUUAAACUUUAAACUUGCAGCUGCAGGAAAGAAGGACAGACAGGUAGAACAGGUGAAAAAGCCACUCAUACUCUCCUUCAGUGAUGGAAGACUACACUCUUCCCUUCUGGAUUUACCUGGCCAUUGUGACCGUGUUCAUCGGCGGAGCCAUGAAGAAGAUCUUGGCGUCCCACCUGAACGCCACCUCCACCGUGGUGGCCUGGCUGGGGGCCACCGUGCUGGUGGAGAGGCUGUGGGCGUUCUGCCUACCGGCCAUGCUGCUCCUGGUGCUAUUUGGCAUCACCUUCUGCAUCUACUAUGCAACCAAGACCAGCCAGCCACGAGCCAUGCUGCCUGCCCACGGCAAAGCCGUAAUCAUCACAGGCUGCGACUCUGGCUUUGGGAAUGCAACAGCUAAACAUCUGGACUCCCUGGGCUUUGAAGUGUUCGCCACAGUGUUGGAUCUGAAUGGAGACGGAGCCAAGGAGCUGCAGAGGACCUGCUCUCACCGCCUCACCCUCCUCCAGGUGGACAUCACCCAGCCACAACAGGUGCAACAGGCCUUACUGGACACCAAAGCCAAACUGGGGCUCAAAGGUCUGUGGGCUUUGGUGAAUAACGCCGGCGUGUGCGUGAACUUCGGAGACGUCGAGCUGUCGCUGAUGUCCAACUACCGUGGGUGCAUGGAGGUCAACUUCUUCGGCACGCUGAGCAUCACCAAGGCCUUCUUGCCGCUGCUGCGUCAGGCCAAGGGACGCAUUGUGACCAUCUCCAGUCCCGCCGGUGACCAGCCAUUUCCCUGCCUGGCAGCGUAUGGAGCAUCUAAAGCAGCUCUGAACCUCGUCACUGAGACUCUGAGACACGAGCUGGAGCCCUGGGGAGUUCAAGUGUCCACCAUCCUGCCAUCAUCAUACAGGACAGCUCAGUCCAGUAACUCCGCCUACUGGGAGAAGCAGCACAAGCAUCUGCUGCAGAAUCUGUCCCCGGCGCUGCUUGAGGACUACGGUGAGGAGUACGUGACCGAGACCAAGGAUCUGUUCCAGAGCUUUGCCAAACACACCACCACCAACCUCCAGCCUGUUGUUGACACCAUCGCGCAGGCGCUGCUGGCACCGCAGCCUCAGCCGCGUUACUUUGCAGGCUCUGGCUUGAGCCUCAUGUACUUCAUCCACAGCUACUUUCCUUACAGCAUCAGCAACCGCUUUCUAAAGAAAAGGUUUUUGAAGAAGAAUGUGAUCCCGCGCGCUCUGAGGAAGCAGUCAGCCUUCGAUGUGAACCUCAGCCUUCAUAACAACAACAAUGAGGAGAAGCUACAGCAGAUGUGAGACAGUCAACACAGAUGGUAUUAUCCUGCAGCUAGAGGACCACUUCUGUAACACACUCAUAGAGCUGUACCCUGUCGUUUUAUGUUUUUUUAAACUGUUGAAGGGAACAUAGUGAUGCACCAAAAUGGUUUCUGUUUGUCUCUGUAAAGUCUGGCCUGCACAGGGAGGUCAGGGGGGGGGGGUUUGGCAGAUGCAGCCACAGGCCGAUCACGGGACACCUUCACCUCUGUCAGCUGUACUGUAUAAACACCGGAAGGUUCACACUGAUGUCAUGUGCCUUUAUCACAUAGAAAGCAGCUUUGCAGGUGGAAGCAAACACUGCAGCAGCUCAUUAAACCAGCACCAGCACAGCCAUACAAAAAUAUCAUUUGCAGAAAGAUACCAGUUUAUAUCACCUAGAUCAUAUUAAAUUAUUUAGCUUCAUAAUCAUAAUAAAAAGUUAAUUUUUUAUCAGAGGACUGCAAUCAACCCAUCAGCAGUCAAUGUGAUUCUUGACAUAAAAUCUACUGACUCAGCUUGACUGGUCCCAUUUUGAAUCAAAUUAUAUGCCUGAUUCAAAGACUGCAGAUUAUUAUAAGUUCUCAAAACCCCGGCAACAACAGUUUUCUUGCUGUCUAAAGGAGCUUUUACUGACUAUCGCUCUGGAGCUUAACAAAUCAAACACUGGUCUGGUCCAUCUCCAGAUGUCAGGUCUGGCCCCACACUGAUUCGACUGAUGCUGCUACCUGAACCUGACGUUCAGCCAAAAUUAACGCACAAAACAAAGAGCCAAAUCUGACAUUUGUGUCCGGGCCAGAGCAACAUCACAGCUAAGUCGAGGCACCUGUGAGCAUCUUAAAGCAGCAAGUUACAAAGUUAAAGUUAAAAAUCUAAGGGAAACCUCAGGUCUGUAACUCAAAUCACGUCCAGCCAGCUCAACGUUUAUAUUCAGUACAGAAAAUAGUGGAAUGAGAACACACCUGCUGAAUACUGUGGCUUUGCUCAACAGAGUCAACUGACAACAAGUCAGAGGCCCUCAUUAGAAGCAGAUUUGAUUAUUUGCAGGCCCUUAUUUAUACUUCCUGAUGUUUCAUCGCUUCAAAGUCAUAAACACGUUUUUAGUGAGGCACAAAGAACUGCGUCACAGUAAAUUCAUUACAUACAUGAAUCGUUAGUCAUGGCACAGUCAGGAAUCAUUUGGGAUUUUUGCAUUAAAUAACAGUUUGUAGAAAUACUGAAUGAAACUUUUGUCUAAUUUUAGCUAAAAUGUUUGGCCUUCUGUGAAAAAACAAAAGAAAAAAGGAGUAAAAAGGGAACAAACAGUGACAUGAGCUGCUGCAGUGCUACGUCCAUCCACCUGCGACAGAGAUAGAAACAUAUUCUUCUUCAGGUAUCUAAAGACUUUACUUACACUUGUGAUCUCUGGGGUCCGUGUAUUUUCUGCAGGAAGCAAAUUGAGCCAGAAUAAUUUCAAAACAAAAGCACGCUUUCAGUUUGAUGCAUUCUGGUUUUAUUUUAUAUGCAAAACCAAAACACAGUGACUUUAAUAUCUGAUUUUGGCUUGAGGAGUUUUCUCAUCAGCACCAAACGUGGUUAUCAGACUUCGCCUUCAAAAUAAAAGCACAACUAACUCUGGUGAUGAAUGUAGAUAUUUCAGCUUAAACUUAAUUUUGAUCUUUUUGGCCUCUGAAAUCCAGAUGAUCCAGCUACAUUUUGGUUCUUGACAGUGAGCCACAGACACGUUUCUGUUAUUCUCAUGGAAACUAGAAACAAAUGUGCUGUUUUCUCGCAGGAUAGCCUGCUGGUUUCUCUCACUAAACACUGACUUCAUCUUCAGGAUCUUUGUUUCUUCAACCUGUGUCAUCAUUGUCUCUUUGAUUAAAUGUAUAAACAUGGAUCAAUAAAUCAUGUAGCAGUUUUUUUGUUGUUGUUGUGAAUGCAACAACUGAAACCUCAAAACUUUUUACAACACAUGUACAGAGCAGAUAUGGUAUUAUAUGCUGGGGUGUUGCUAUGAGUCAUGCGGACACUACGUAGUUAAAAAACAAACUUUUGUGCACAUGUUCAGUGUGUUGUGUUUCUGUGGUCUUUGGAAACAGCCUGUCUCUCAUCAGACUCACCUCCAAAAACAUCCCCAUGUUUUUGUGUUCUGUUUUAUUCUGUGCUUUUUGUUCUGUCUGUUUGUGUGUUUGUUUUGUUUCUCAGCCCAUUUUGAAUCAAACUAUUUAUGGCAUCUUUUCUUUUAUCACCACUCAAAUUGUGACUUUGUUUCUUUUUAUAAAAUAUUUUUAAGAAAACAACAAAAAAACACGAUGUAAAAUGUUCACUUGGUUGAUUCUGUAAUAGAAAUAAAGUUGGCUUUUCAGACUUUUC